CUUAAGUUGACAGUAUGAUUCGAUAGUGGGUUCUGUUGACCUGUUUACUGGAGCCUCAUGGCCUUUGCUGAUUGCGCGUGCCCUGGGUGUCUGAUACGUACAUAAUGGUAGGUGUCGCUGGAUCGUGUUGUGUCUUCGACUUUUUGUUCUCUUCACACAACUCCGAACAUUCUUACCUUACCCAUCUUUCCCUCUAGCAAUCUCUAGUCGUCACCCAAAUAUGGCACCAGGCAUUGUCUCCGACAUUGAACUUCCUAGGGACAUCCCUGAGUCCCAGCUAUCAGCUGCCAAUGUGCCCAUUGAAAAGGCAUUUGGCUUGAAGAACAGGACUAUCAUCAUUACUGGAGCUGGACGCGGGCUCGGCAUAACACUUGCUGUCGCAGUCCUCGAGUCUGGCGCCGAUGCUAUCUGUCUCGAUAUUCUUCCCGAGCCCAGUGCCGAGGAGUGGGAUGUGAUCACGAGAUUGCAAAAGAGCACCGGUGUUCGUGCCACCUAUCACCGCUGCGACAUCACCAACGAAGAGGCAGUCGAGAAGGUCGUUGCUGAAUGUGGAGAGGAGGCACGCCAGCGCGGAAAGCCAGUCAAAGGCAUGAUUUCGUGUGCCGGCAUUCAGCAAAUGGUCGACGCGAUUGACUACCCGAUGGACGGAUUCAGGAGGAUCAUGGAGGUGAAUGUCGCAGGCAGCUUCCUCAUCUCAAAACACACAGCACGCCUGCUUCGCGAUCAGAAGCUUGGUGGCAGUAUUGUGAUGAUCGCAUCCAUGUCAGGCCAGAUCGCCAACCGUGGUCUCCACUGCUCAGCAUACAACACCAGCAAAGCCGCCGUACACCAAAUGUGCCGUUCUCUCGCAUACGAAUGGGGUCAGUGGGGUAUCAGAGUCAAUACACUCUCCCCUGGAUAUAUUCGUACGGCCAUGACUGAUGGUCUGCUGCAAGAGAAGCCCGAGGUUGAGGAGUCAUGGAUGAGAGGAGCUCUCCUAGGAAGACUGGGCGCACCCGAAGACUUCAAGGCUCCUUGCGUGUUCUUGCUAGCAGAUGGUAGCUCUUGGAUGACUGGAGCAGAUUUGAGGGUGGACGGCGGACACUGCGCAACUGCAUAAAUGCUUCGUGGACGAUGAUGGUAUAUAAAUCUCUCAAACUAGACUUUUCAGACCAAUUAUGUCAGUAGAUGAAGACCUUG